CUCAGCCUUCCCACGUCGGCUCCCUCAUUCACCCGUAGACGAUGCCACAGCAGUACAGCAGCUCUCCGUUUCAGGGCUACAGAAGACGCUACAGUCGGUUCAUCAUGGUGGAAAUGUGCGUGGGGCUAUGAUAGACAUCUCCCGGGGCGCAGCGCACCUCACGGCCGGUUGACCGCUCAUCUUCCAGCGCGCCGGCAGCGGAGUUUGCCAGGGAGCCAGACGCCUCUCGCAGCAUCUGCAGGUGCCCAGUGGCUUGGUAGGUGCUCUUUUUCACCUCGGACUCUCCCAAGUCCUCCUUACAAGUCAGACCAGGUGUUAGACAUCAUGGAUCCUCCUGCUAAGACCACCUCCCCUACCGCCACCGUCGCCACAAGUAAGACCCCGAAGCCCCUGGAUGGUGGGUGGGGCUGGGUGAUCGUGGUGGCCUGCUUCAUGGCUCAGUUUCUGGCCUACGGGUCUCCUCAAUCAGUGGGUGUACUCUACCCAGAGUGGCUGCAGGCCUUCCAGGAGGGAAAGGGCAUGACGGCCUGGGUGGGCUCGCUGGUCUCCGGCGUGGGACUCAUUGUCAGUCCCAUCUGCAGUGCCUGUGUGGUUAACUUUGGUGCACGGCCGGUCACCAUCUUUAGCGGCGUGAUGGUAUCGGGGGGGCUGAUGCUCAGUGCCUUUGCACCCAAUAUUCCUUUCCUCAUCUUCUCCUAUGGCAUAGUGGUUGGUAUUGGCUGUGGACUGGUGUAUGCUGCCACCCUCACUAUCACCUGUCUGUAUUUUGACAAGAAGAGAGGCUUGGCAUUGGGGAUAGUCACCACAGGUACCAGUGUGGGCGGGUUCCUCUAUGCCACGCUGCAGAAUGAGCUGAUUGUGUUGUUUGGCCUACAUGGCUGCCUGCUGAUAAUUGGCGCACUGGCACUCAAUAUCAUCGCCUGUGCUGGCCCCAUGCGACCUUUAACCCCACCGAAAUACUACCUCAAACAACGUGCUGCCAUUUUAGAACGGGCGGCCGAGGGACAGUUCAACCAGAAAACUCUCAUGUCUGAGGAGCCAACCAAACCAGGUCUGAAAGAUGUGCAAUCAAGCGAGGAGCCCUUGCUGGUCAAGGAUGUACUUCUCAUUAUUGAGACGAAGGAGACACUGGCCUGCAAGAGGAAGAGGAGUCUGUUUAGCUGUUCAGCCUUGGUCAAGCUGAUUAAGAACAAGUUAAGAGAUUAUUCAAGGAGCUGCUCCUCUACAUUGGCUCUGCUCUACAACCGAGUCUUCAUGGCCUUGUGUGUUUCCCUCUUCCUGUUCAGCCUUGGUGCCUUCCCGCCCUUGCUCUUUAUGGAGGAUGUGGCCCAGAGCGAGGGGUUGUCGGAGGGCGUGGCAGCUAUCCCUCUGGUCUCACUCACUGCCAUCUCGGCUGGCGCCGGCAAGAUGGGACUGGGCACCAUGGCCGACCUGCGGGGCGUCAACAGCGUCUUUCUCUACGCCUUCACCAUCGGAGCGUCCGGGCUGGGACUGCUGCUCAUACCAGUGAUCAAAUCUUAUCUGGGCCUCCAAAUCCUGUCUGCCUACUUGGGGUUCCUGUCUGGGAACUGGUCCUUGACGCCCUACGUCACCAACCAUUUGGUGGGCAUGGAGAAGCUAACUGAGGCCCACGGGAUCCUCAUGUUCUUCGGAGGCUUUGGAAUAAUGCUGGGUCCACCUGUCGUAGGCUGGUUCUAUGACGUAACCCAGUCUUAUGACCUUGCAUUCUACCUCAGUGGGGGUUGUGUACUGAUGGGUGGUAUGAUCCUCUUCAUCGCCGCCCUGCCAUGCCUGGAGCAUACCAAGUCUGAAAGUGCCCCGUGUCCUGAAGUCCCUCCCGCAGAGCUCAUGGAGUGUAUCGUUGCUGUCGUCCCAGAUGCCGCUCUGCCAAAUACGGCAAAAACACCGUCGUAUUCGCCUGCUUUGGCGGAGCGACUCAAAACCAGGUUGUAAAUCUAAGCAGCAGAACCUAGGAUGUGGAUUCUGGUUCACAAUCUGGACCAUGGAAUCUGAAUCAGAAUCAUGUUUAUUUGCCAUGUAGGUUUGCACAAACAUGGAAUUUGACUCUGGUUUCGUGGCUCUCAGUAUACUUAACAUAGAAUAACAACACUACAACCCAACAAUCUUCAGAUUAUAUACACAAGGAUUGACUAUAUACAGGCGAAUAUAUAUCUGGACAUUAAUUCUAAUACAUGACUCUAAAGUUGAAAUGCUUGAUUUGAAAUGUUUGUUUUCUUGGAUUUUUUUUAAAAAAGAAUUUUUAAAUUUUUUGAGAUUUUGUUAAUGGUUAUUGGUAACACAUGUAUUGCUUGACAUGAAACAUUCAAAUAUGGACCUGAAUGUUCAUGUCAUUGCCUGAAUCAGAUCAGGAUCUGAUUCUCUGAAUCUGGAGUUAAAGCUGGGCUAGUGUAAACCGUCCUGAAUGAACCAGAUCCAGAUGGGUUUUUGAUGCCACAAUGGACUUUAGGGUCGGGCUGAAGACUUGAACAAGAUACAGGGUUUUUGAGUUGUCCACUUUGCAGUGAAAGGAAAAUAUUAUUCUGAUUUUUUUUUUUUUGAUAAUUUCUAUUGAAGAGGCAUAGACAUGAUGUUUACCAAGAAGGUCUGAUUUUAGCUUACAUGAAGAGCAAAGAGAGAGCUCACCAAGAGAGCCAACCCCAUCUUGUAGAAAACAAGAACAACGCAGUGUUUGUGAACAAUCUCCGCUGGCAUCUUGAAGAUGUCAACACUUCAAAUCUUCAUAAACUUUCCGCUUUGGUGGAGAGGGAUUUCUGCGAUGCUCAGGUUGUCCAGUCUUAAAAGAAAUACCGAGUUAAAAAUGCACAGGACCCAGAUGAGUUCCUCGUUGCACUCCUAGAUGGUUUUCAGACCCUAAAGUUGAGAGUUUGACCAUCACAGUUUUCAUCUUCAGCAGUUUUGGCCCACAGCUCCUAGUAGCUGGUGCCUGUACUGGACUUGUGAUUGUAUGUCAGGUGAAUUGACGUCUACCUUUCAUCCACACUGACUUACAAUAAUGGUCCCUCCUAGAUCAUGAACACUACUAUCAGCAGUCAGCGAAGCGAUUUCCCUUCCCUCCAUAUUCUUUUAAAGUGGAAAGCAACUUGAUACGAGUCAUCACCUUUUUUUUGCGUUUGGCUCAGAAUAAUCAGGCUUUCGGGAUUUUUCUGCCGCGGACCUCUUAUGGUCAUAAUGACAUUUGCUGGUGUUUUAUUGCCUCAUUUUGGAAGGCUCCAGCAUUCCUGGGUUGUAGUGCUGGAUCACACCAAGCUACGACUUUCUUUCCCCGGCGGCCUGAACUGGGCUCAGCUCCCCCUCCAUCAUCAGCUCAAUCCGUCCCUCAGAAGGUGACGAUGAAUACCGCAAUGCAUUCAUGUUUGGCAACUUUAUUUGGCCAAUAUGAGGACAUGCCAAGACCUAUAUUAACUUUUUUUUUUAAAACUGAUGGCAAAUUUUGACUUGCCUUUCCGCCAUCCUUGCGAAGCUGAGUAUCAUUUGCUGUUAGUGUUGUUCUUAUGUUUGUGUUCUGGCUUUGUUAAUAUUUAUUCACUCCACCUCGGGCGUUUUUCAAGGUGACUCCACUUUUAUUUAAAAAGUCUGCUCUGAGUAAUGCCGACAUGCUGUAUAAUCUUUCUCUUUGUUUGCCAGUUAUCUCGUUUGUUGUGUUUUUAAACCCCCCCCCCCCCCCGUCACCAUGUUUCCGUGAAUGCUUGCGAGGCGGGAAGGGGUGAGAUCCCGGCGGUCCACGUCCAAGCGGAGGUAAACAAUAAGAACAAAGUGGAAAUGCACUUUAGCCACAAAGAACAUGAGCGCAUUCUUCUGUUUUCUUUUGUUUCCGGGUUCGCAGGUUGAAAGGUAUUUGGCACGUGGGGUCUUUUGAGGCACGUGACUGAUGGGGGGUGUUUAACCGCGCGUGUCCUCGCCGGUAAAACCCCUCAAGAUGAGGAGCGGUCUAUUUUGCUAAUAUAUAUAUUUUUCUGAUGUAGCGUUAUGCCGCCGUGGGAGCGUUUUUCUUUCUGUCCUGUGUAAAAAUUACAAAGAUGUAAAUGGCGUCCGGGCGGUGUGGCGGUCUAUCCCAUCGCCUACCAACACGGGGGUCGCCGGUUCGAAUCCCCGUGUUACUUGGUCGGGCGUCCCUACAGACACACCUGGCCGUGUCCGCGGGUGGGAAGCCGGGUGUGGGGUAAGAGUGGGGUAAUUGGCCCUGUACAGAUGUGCACAGGUUUGGUUUCCCUCGGGGCGCGCGCUAGUGCCCCGCAUGGUAAGCGCAGCUGCGGGGUGACGCUCAGCUGAACGCCGCCAUCGAACUCUACGAGGUCCGCCGACGUUCGCAGUGCUCCACAUUGAGCUUACCUGCACACUGAGGAUCAUGUCACAGGAAUCGGCGACACGUUUUUGAGAAUUUGGCUAUUUUAGAUGUAGGUUCCUAUAUGGAGCUUUGCCCGUUUCACUGAAGGGGAGGAACACCCCCGCCGCCCCUCAGAAAUCCCUCCGCACGUCAGUAUAUCAAGCCGAAGUGUCCGGCGGCGUUACCCAGCACUGUAUUCUCCUGCCAGAGUCUAAUUUUAGAGGCCCGAUGUUUGGAUAUAUGCCUAACUGUCAAAGAAACCGCUUUUUGUAGCACAGUUAAGCCUUUGUUUUACAUUUAAACCAGGCUGGUCCUUCAUUUGAUACGUCUCCGUGUGAUUUGUCGAGAUCUUCCAUGUGUGUCUUUUAUAUUGCAUGUUUGGUUGGAUAUAUAUAUAUGUACGUAUGUUCAACAGUGGUAAUUGUGAGUAAUUGUGUUUUUUUUUAGCUGUGUGAUGACGAUAUUGGAUAGCUGUGUAGAGACGGGGCCGCAUCUGCCCCCCCCAAAAAAAACAAAACAAACGAAACUUGAAAUCCCUUCCAACACGUUGCGUGGAUCGUCUUUUCUUUGAUGGCGUAGCGAAAUGUAACAGCUUCCGUCUUCCAAUGGCUGCAGCCGGGGGACGGCGCGAGCGUCCAUUAGACGCCAGCGCCCACGAGAAAAGGGACGACUUGCUGAAACCCGGCGCACUGAAACUGGGUUUGAAUCCUGACAAAGACCCUGUGUGUGUGUGUGUGUGUGACUUGAUGCAUGCAUGUGUGUGAUUUCAGCAUAUGACACGACAGAAGAACAAAUGUGCAUCUUGUUAUACCGUCUGCAGGCGGGUUUUCUAGAGACACACGUGUGUCGUGGUUCGUUGUGUGACUCGUCUGCAGCCUGGCUCCUUCUGGAAGAGAAAAGAAAACGUCAACAACAUUGUGUUACUUGAAAUGAACUGGAGUUACAAUUGAAGAAGACAAAACGUGGCGUGUCUGCCACCGAAGAGGAUCCUGUGCUCAUAAUGUCUCGUGAAAAGGAUGAUGGUGUUUGUCUUGAGAACACACUUGUGGUGUUAUUUAUAUCGUUAUGUGUUCGCUUGUUUUCAACGCUGUUUUUUAAUAAAUAAGUAA